UGGAAAUACACCUCCACUAGAUGAUCUGUUGAUGUGUAGUUUGUAUGAUUCCAUAUUGGUGUAAAAAGGUCGUUGGAUUUUAGUGUCCAUAAACUGAGCCUCCAAUAUAGGACAUUUUUCAAAAAGGGUGAUUGUCACAAUUUGAUUAGAAAGAAUGACAUGUUUCAGGACUAGUCAACAAUAUGUUCUACGUGCGUUGGUGCUGUUGUCCCUCGCAACAUUAAUUUUUUGUCAAUCUGCCGGUUAUACAGUGAUCACUGGCCCGACAUUUAAAGUUGAGGGCGAUUCUGUAUCAUUGACAUGCAAUUCAACUUAUGGUACCCCAGUAGAUUGGUUCCUAAACAACCAACUGUUAGAUGAUUCAUGGACCACAGCAAAUGGAGUAACAACAAACAUCUAUACCUUUCUGGCUGACAAAACUCACCACCUGGCAAUGUUUGAAUGUCGAGUUGAUAAUGUUCUGAGUGCAACAUGGUACUUCCAAGUCUACACCAACCCAAAUCCGCCAUCGUUGACUGGACCUUCAAUUGUUAUAAUUGGCACUACCUACCACUGGACAUGUAUCAGCACGGGAGGGAUCCCAUCACCAUCAAUGACCAUGUGGAUUGGUGAUAGUCAGUUCAAUUAUAAUAUCUCAUCAAUCAAUACAGAUAUCACAUCACAACUACAGACGUCAGAUAAAACGUAUACUGUUAAUUUUACACUGACGUGGGCUCCAAGUAUCAUUCACAAUGGUCAGACACUUGAUUGUCAUGUUCAACAUCCAGAGACAAGUGGUAAUAGACGCAAAACCGACAGUCUUCUGUUAACAAUUAAUGCUGAACCUAAUCACCCAACGUUGACCGGAUCUCAAAUUCUAAUAUUUGGUACUUCCUAUAAAUGGACAUGUUUAAGCACGGGAGGGAUCCCAGCACCAUUAAUGACCAUGUGGAUUGGUGACAGUCAGCUAAGUACUGGAAUCACACAAUCAUCAAUAGUGCAGUUAGAUGGAACUUAUACUGUUACCUCUACACUUUCCUGGGCACCAAGUGUCAGCGACAAUGGUCAGACACUGUUGUGUCAUGUUCAACAUCCAGCGACACGUGUUAAUAAGACAGUCAGUCUUCAGUUAACAGUUAAUGAGCCUUUAUCAGUGAAUGCCACACCGACACAGUAUCAACAGAUUAUUGGUACCGUUAUUACUUUGAACUGUGUUGUAACUGGAAUAGCAACAUCUAUCACGUGGUACUUUAAUAACCAAAUGAUUAAUAUUGCUUCUUCUUCGAAACAUUCAAAUGGUAAUACAAUCAACCCAUCAUUGACUAUAUCAAAUAUCGCUGUGUCUGAUGCAGGAUUAUAUAUCUGUCAGGCAACCAAUGGAGUAGAAUCAGCCAGCUCAAAUACAAUCACAUUAACAGUUCUAGACUUACUUAGUGUCACCAUUUCACAGUCAGCCUACAGCGUUUUGACUGGUCAACAGGUAACCAUACCUUGCACUGUUACCGGAACUCCUUCUCAGACUAACGUGUUCUGGAGAAAGGUGGUCAAUGGUGUUCAAACUAACGUAGAUAUAAAUGGUAACAAUAGAUAUUCUGGAGGAACCACCUCAACUCCAUCAUUGACAAUAAUUAACACACAGAAUACCGACGAAGGAACAUACGUGUGCUAUGCUACAAAUAGUGUUGGUACAUCUAACAGUCAAAAUACCUUCUUAGAUGUUACUGGAGGCGUCCCCAUCGUGACAAUUGGAGGAUCUAACUUCCAAGUUCAAGUGAGUAAUUCCAUAACAAUAGGAUGCACUGUUACCGCCAACCCUGCUGUUACUAGGGUGUACUGGACCCGUGAUAUGAACGGACAGAUAACCAAUAUAGGACCCUCAUCCAAUCCUAGUAAAUAUGGCGGAUCUACGACAGUUACACCAUCUUUAACUAUAUACAAUGUUGACUUUAGUGACGAAGGGAAUUACCAGUGUUACGCUUUAAAUUCUGUCGGAACUGGUUCUAGUCAACAGAUAUCACUUGAUGUACAAGGAGGUGUUCCCACAGUACAGGUUAGUCUCCCAAACUACCAGGUAAAUUUUGGCAAUUCGAUAACUCUUGUAUGUUUAGUAGUCUCCAAUCCUGCUCACUUCCAAGUCUACUGGAGGAAGACUGUAGGGGGAACAACAUCCAAUAUUGACGUCACCAAUAGUGGCGGGAAAUUUUCCGGUUCCACGGUUUCUAUCCCAUCCCUGACUAUCAACAAUGCUGCAUCAAGUAAUGAAGCUAGUUACACCUGUUAUGCCACAAACAGUGUUGGAACUGGAAAGAGUACAUCUACAUCAUUAACUGUUAUUGGUAAUAUACCAACAGUAACUGUACAACAGACGAUAUAUAAUGUCAACUAUGGUAAUUCUGCUAUUCUGGUUUGUUUUGUCACAGCAAAUCCAGUUCAUACAAUCGUUUAUUGGCGAAAGAUAAAGAAUGGCGUUACAACAGAUAUAACUAUAGCCAUCAGUAACAGCAAGUACAGUGGCUCCACAAUCAGCAACCCGUCUCUACAAAUAAAUAACGCUGAUUUAAACGACGAAGCUAAUUAUGUUUGCUUUGCUUCCAAUAUUGUUGGCGCAGGACAAAGUUCACAGACGUUCCUAGAUGUUAUUGGGGAUAUCCCCGUGGUUACUAUAUCUUCGAACAUAUAUUCAGUAGUAAUCAGCACUACAGUUACAUUGCAAUGUACGGUUUCCUCUAACCCAGCUCAUACAUCAGUCACUUGGCAAAGGAUCGUUAACGGUGUACUCACUACAGUUACAGUUGAUGGAUCCAGAAUAGUUGGUAGCACUGUCAGUUCACCAUCUCUCACGAUCAGUAAUGCUGUAUCUGGUGACGAGGGAAACUAUAUCUGUACUGCUACCAAUGUUGUUGGAACUGGAACCAGUCAGCAGACAUUCCUAGACGUCACAGGAAAUAUACCUACAGUUACUGUUGGUCAGAAUCAGUAUUCUGGAAGCUUCGGGCAAACUGUAACAAUGGUAUGUACAGUUCAAGCUAGUCCAACAGAAACAAGUGUUUACUGGAGAAAACAGGUAAACGGGCAGAUGACAAAUAUAGAUAUGAGCAAUGUGCGGUAUACAGGUUCGACUGUAGGUUCGCCAUCACUAACCAUCACUGCCUUGGAGUUGUCUGAUGAGGGAUACUAUCAAUGUUAUGCUCAGAAUAGUGUGGGAACUGGUAGUAGUCAACAAACAUUUUUAGAUGUGAUUGGAGAUAUCCCUAGUGUUCAAGUAUUGUCUAACACCUAUUCAGUAAACUUUGGAGGAACGAUUGUGCUUGGAUGUCAAGUUACUGCCAAUCCGUUAGCCACUGACGUGUUUUGGCAAAAACUUGUGAAUGGUGUUCUAAUAACAGUUGAUAUGAGUACAAAUAACUUUAACAAGUACAGUGGAUCUACAGUGCAAUCUCCAUCUCUGAUUAUCAUCGAUGCUACAGAGGCGGAUGAAGGGGAUUACGUCUGUUCGGCUACAAACGCAGCCGGAACAGGUUCCAGUAGUCAGACUUUUCUCAAUGUUGUAGGAAAUAUACCAACAGUAAGUAUACCUCAAAGUGCGUACAGUGUAGAUGUUGGAAGUCAAAUUACAAUUCCCUGUACUAUGUCAGCCAAUCCCUCAGAGACAAAUAUCUACUGGACUGUGACAGAUGGCAACAACGCAGAACAGACCAUCUCCAUGACGAAUACCCAGAAAUAUCAAGGAUCUUCUGUAAACUCCCCUUCACUGAUCAUUCUCAGUACGACUCAGAGUGACUUUGGUGUUUAUAGAUGUCAUGCUACAAAUAAUGUUGGUACCGGACACAGUAAUCCGACAACACUUAAUGUUGUGGGAAGUAAGUAUAUUACGUCCACUUUAUAG